AUGGACGACCUUUUCGACGUCUUCGAUGGCGCCCCAUCGGCGCCAUUGCCAUCUAACAAUGCUUCCAGACGCUCCAAGAAGGACAAAAAAGAUAAAACCAAGAAGCGCGAAGCAAGUGGAUCUUUAAAGCAAGAUGGAAACCCGACGACAGAGAGAAAGGCCAGCCCCUUAUGGAAGACUCUGCACCACCUCCGACUGCAGAAGAGCCCGCUCCUAAAAAAAGAAGCAAAGCGACCCCGUAUUGAGGAUGCGCCUGCGCCCUUAGUCGCCGAUACCUUCGAAGCCGAACAAAAGGUUGAGCUUGCGGGCCAAGCUGGACUUCAAGGGCCUGACGCUGCCUCGUCCCUCGUCGUAUCACACCAAGUGCGCCACCAAGUUUCGAUCCCCCCGGACUAUCCCUAUGUCCCUCUUUCUCAACACCAGCAGCCAGCGGAGCUUGCUAAGACAUAUGCUUUCACCCUCGAUCCUUUCCAACAACUUGCGGUCAACUCGAUUCAGAGAGAGGAGAGUGUGUUGGUUUCUGCGCACACUAGUGCUGGAAAAACUGUAGUUGCGGAGUAUGCCAUUGCGCAAAGUCUCAAACGCAACCAGAGAGUCAUCUACACGAGUCCGAUUAAAGCUCUAUCCAACCAGAAAUACCGAGAGUUUGCUGCUGAGUUCGGUGAUGUCGGCUUGAUGACUGGUGAUGUGACUAUCAACCCUACAGCAACAUGUCUUGUCAUGACCACCGAGAUUCUGCGAUCCAUGUUAUAUCGCGGUUCCGAGAUCAUGCGUGAGGUGCAAUGGGUCAUUUUUGAUGAGAUCCACUACCUGCGUGACCAAACUCGCGGAGUUGUCUGGGAAGAGACCCUGAUCCUGCUGCCCGACAAGGUCCGGUAUGUUUUCUUGUCAGCUACUAUCCCCAAUGCCAUGCAGUUCGCCGAGUGGAUCACGAAGAUGCAUAACCAGCCUUGCCAUGUUGUUUACACCAAUUACCGUCCAACACCCCUUCAACACUACUUUUUCCCUGCUGGCGCCGAUGGUAUGCAUCUCAUUGUGGAUGAGAAUAGCAAUUUCCGGGAAGAGAACUUCCAGGAGGCAAUGAGUGCGAUUAAGAAAAAGAAGGGAGACGAUUCAAACGAUGCGCUGGCAGUUCGGAAAGGAAAAGGCAAGGAUAAGAAGAUAAACAAGGGAGGAGAAAAGGGACCCUCGGAUCUCUACAAAAUCGUUCGAAUGAUCAUGGUGAAGAGCUUGAAUCCGGUCAUUGUUUUCAGCUUCAGCAAGCGAGAGUGUGAGAGCGGCGCUCUUGAAAUGAGAAACCUUGCGUUCAACGAUGAUUCUGAGAAGGAAAUGGUUUCGAAGGUCUUCAAUAGCGCCAUUGAGAUGUUAUCACCAGAGGAUCAAAACCUACCACAGAUCCAGAACCUUCUUCCUCUUCUCCGAAGAGGUGUUGGUAUUCACCACUCUGGUUUACUUCCCAUUCUCAAAGAGACUAUUGAGAUUCUUUUCCAAGAAGGGCUUAUCAAGGUCCUAUUUGCUACUGAAACCUUCUCCAUCGGUCUGAACAUGCCUGCAAAGACUGUUGUCUUCACCAGUGUGCGGAAAUUCGAUGGCAUCACACAACGAUGGGUUACACCUUCUGAAUUUAUUCAAAUGUCCGGUCGUGCUGGUCGAAGAGGUCUCGAUGAUCGCGGUAUUGUCAUCAUGAUGGUUGGUGAAGAAAUGGAUCCUGCUGUUGCCAAGGAGAUUGUACGUGGUGAACAAGAUCGCCUGAACUCGGCAUUCCACUUGGGCUACAACAUGAUUCUCAAUUUGAUGCGUGUGGAAGGAAUUUCUCCAACAUUCAUGCUUCAGCAAUGUUUCAAGCAAUUCCAAGGUUCAUCAGACGUUACGAUGUUGGAGCGUGAGCAAAAGCAAUUAGAGGAAAAGAAGGCCAACAUGACUAUUUCCGAUGAAGGGACUAUCCGUGAAUAUUACGAUGUAAGGAAGCAAUUGGACCAGUUUUCUGAAGAUCUUCGCGCUGUGAUCACGCAUCCCAACUACAGCCGCCCCUUUCUCAACCCUGGUCGAUUGGUUCAGAUCAAGUACAAGGAAAUGGACUUUGGCUGGGGUAUCGUGGUUGACUGCAAAGCACGCAAGCCUUCCAAGAACUUCACAGAGGAAUACCCUCCACAUGAAGCCUGGAUCUUGGAAAUAAUGAUGAAGAUUGCUGACGGGCCCGCGGUUGGCACCAAGACUUUCCAAGAUCUUCCUGCUGGCGUACGACCUCCUAAGGAAGGAGAAAAAUCUCGCAUGGACAUUGUGCCCGUCAUGCUCACGUGCAUCUCCCAAAUUGGUCAACCUCUAGUUCGCUUGCCCAAAGACUUCGCGCUUCCCGCAAAGCGUAAAGACAUGGGAAGAAUGCUGAGUGAGAUUCAAAGGCGAUUCCCCGAUGGAAUUCCUCCCCUCGACCCCAUUGAAACGAUGCACAUCACCGAUGAUGACUUCAAGAAGCUCCUCCGCAAAAUUGAGGUCUUAGAAUCCCGACUUAUGGGUAACCCGUUGCACAACUCUCCACGUCUACCAGAGCUGUACGACGAGUAUGCCGAGAAAGUGAAUGUUGGCACGCAAAUCAAGGAGCUUAAGAAGAAGAUCAACGAUGCAAACUCUGUUCUCCAGCUUGAAGAGUUGAAGAAUCGCCAGCGUGUUCUCCGCCGCCUUGGAUUCAUUAACGAUGCGGACGUGGUUCUGCUGAAAGCUCGUGUUGCUUGCGAAAUCAGUACUGGUGACGAACUUGUGCUUAGUGAGCUGCUCUUCGACGGUUUUUUCACCGACCUUACUCCCGAGGAAACUGCCGCUGCGGUCAGUCUCUUCGUGUUUGAGGAAAAGGUCAAAGAGGCUCCUCCUCUCUCCAAGGAUGAGUUAUCCAAGGCGCUCACGGUGGUUCAAACCAAGGCGAGACACAUCGCCAAGGUGUACCAGGAAUGUAAGAUGGCUGUGAACGAAGAUGAGUAUGUCCAGAGUUUCCACUGGGAGCUGAUGGAAGUUAUUUACGAUUGGGCUCAUGGAAAGUCUUUUGCCGACAUCUGUACAAUGACCAAUGUCUACGAAGGUAGCUUGAUUCGUGUCUUCCGUCGCCUGGAGGAAUGUUUACGACAACUAGCUCAGGCUGCCAAGGUCAUGGGCAGCGACGACCUGGAAGCCAAGUUCGAAGCUUCGCUCCUUAAGGUCCGUCGUGACAUUGUGGCUGCUCAGUCCCUGUACCUGUAG